UGCUCGGUGCCAACAUGCAGCUUCAUAAGCAGGAUGUGCUGAGCUGUCCCCGACAGAGUGAAGUCACAGAGAAGCCAGGCAGCCACUAGCUGGGGGCCCUCAGCCUUCCCUGGCUUCCAGGGUGUUUCCCACUUCCUAGGAGCAGCAAUGGAAAAGCCUGCAGGCAGGAAAAAGAAGACCCAGGCCCCCAAAGAGGAAGCAGGUGCUCAAAAGGCCACUGCCAAAGGGGAGAAAGCGCCAAGGGGAAAGAAGCCAACCAAGAGGAGGCCCCGGAAGCCCCGCAAACAGACUGUCCUGAGUCCCGAAGACGAGGCGCAUAUCUUUGAUGCCUUCGAUGCCUCGUUUAAAGAUGACUUUGAGGGCGUCCCCGUGUUUAUUCCUUUUCAGAGGAAGAAGCCCUAUGAGUGCGGUGAGUGCGGACGAAUCUUUAAACACAAGACAGAUCACAUUCGCCACCAGAGAGUUCACACUGGCGAGAAGCCCUUUAAGUGUGACCAGUGUGGGAAGACCUUCAGGCACAGCUCAGACGUCACCAAACAUCUGAGAAUCCAUACCGGUGAGAAACCCUUUAAAUGUGGGGAGUGUGGAAAGGCCUUCAACUGUGGCUCCAAUCUUCUGAAACACCAGAAAACGCACACUGGAGAGAAGCCUUAUGGCUGUGAGGAGUGUGGAAAAUCCUUCGCCUACAGCUCCUGCCUCAUCCGGCAUCGGAAGCGUCAUCCGAGGAAGAAGCACUGAGCAGGGCAGCCUACAACUGUAGAUCUUUUUCAAACAUCAGAUGUUGGUCUAGGUUUCCGGUGCAGUAUCUACUGAUGGCUCAUGUGGCUGCCUCUCCCUGUCAUCGAAAGGAAAACCCACCCAUCAGACCUAAGAACCCACAGAGGCCUUCUGCCCUGUGAGUCCUCACUUGAUGGUAACACGGUGCUCCCCGGGGCUUCCUGCAGCUCCAGCCAUUUUCCAGACUACUUCAUUCUACUCAGGACCAUCUUUGGAACAGCUUUGGGUCACCGAGAACUUACAGCUAAAGAGACAACCCUGUUGGCGAGGGCCAAUGCCUCCCUCUGCUGCCUCUGCCUGCAUCAUCCACUGUGUGAUGGUCAGUUCUUUUGAAGGCUUCUGGCUCUGGAUGCCUGGCCCCAUGAAGUCUGCUAGGGGCAAGGACCCCUGAGGUGGAUGGCAGGCAGCACUCUGAGCAGCUCUGAGGACCCAGGUCCCCUUGGAUAGCACCAGAGCUUGCUCAUCUCUGCAGCUAACUUUGGUGAUCUUGAAAUUUCUCUCUUGCUGAACCAACAGUCUCUGAGCUCAGCCCCAGUGCCUGAAACUGGACUACACUGUGUACCCUUGUUCCAGCCACCAUCGUAGACAAGUAGCCUGGACUCAAAGUGGCCUCGGUAGACCCUUGCACCCUGCCAUAGUGGUAGAUUGUUUAGGCUAGGCCUUGUAGCUCCAGGGUGUCAGCAGCAGCUUCCACCCACUGUACCUUCAGAAACAGCUGUGGCCCAGCCCCGUGGCAGCCCACCAUUCAGGUCAGCUCCACUUCCUGCCUGUCACCAGGACAAGACAAUGUGGUUGCGCCUGCCCUCUGUCCAGGUGCUCUAUGAGGUCUGUGUUCUAAGGACAGCAAAGUGACUGCUGACCAGAAGGGCUGCUAGUGCAGAUCUUCCUAGCAAGAAGCUCAGAGAAGUCAAGAGAAUCAGUGUCUACCUCCACCACAGGGCACUGAGAUGCCCACUGGGUCAUGCACCAGGGAGGCUGUCAUCACAGAAUCCAUUGGCAACAGGAAAGCUGUAGGUGGAUGAGCUCAGAGAGGCCUUCUGGAUGCCGUGUGGUAACUACAGGGCACUUUGACUUCUCCCUACCCUGAAGUUAAGGUGGCUGCAUCACAUCAUUGACCAGCGACCAUUAGUUCUGGCUCACUGUCAGCCUACCAGAGAGUCCCAGCACCAGCUCUUUACUUCAGUGAGAGACACUGAACAGCCACCCGGGAACAAA